CCAACAGCAAAACCCAAACCGACUGUGAGAGUGAAUCCUCAGAGCUCCGUCUACACUGGAGACACCGUCACUCUGAGCUGUGAGCUGCAGCAGGGGACUGGAUGGGAGUUUCACUGGCACAAAAAUAAUCAGUUACAGAAUCGGAACAGGGAACAAGAGAACACACUUAAAGUGACAGUCGAUAAUGCAGGAGAAACAGAGUACCGGUGUUGGGCAUUCAGGAUAAACUACUACACAGAGUUCAGUGAUGCUGUCAAGAUUACAGUGAGAGCAAGACCUAAACCAGUGGCAUCCAUAGAUCCUGAUAAUCAGGUGUUCAGUGGAGAGACCGUCACUCUGAGAUGUGACAUACAGGAUGAAAGUGUCUCUAGCUGGCAGUACAGCUGGUAUAAAGAUGCUUCACACAGUCCUGUCAGUAGUGGACAGGUGUACAGAAUCAGUGGUGUUGAAGUGACCCACACAGGUAAAUACACCUGUAGAGGAGCAGAGAGAGGAGGUUCACGCUCCUCACACUCCAGUGAUGCUGUUACACUGACUAGAGACCACAGGCAGUACUGA